GGCAGAGGAUGGAGCAGGUGGAGUGACGGAGCGGGGCAGACGAGGCAGCUCCCAGGAGUGGGGGGAAAUCCCCCCCCUUCGGGUGACCCUUGGAAAGAGGGGAGGUGUCGGGGGAAACUCCCCCCGCCCCCUGGAGCCCAGCGGGCUCUUUAGUUAGGAGGAUUUUGUACAAACCGAGCUUGGGCAGGGGGGUUCUGCUGCCUUUGCUCCUGGCGUGUCCGGCCCGGCGAUGGAGCCCCGGCCCCGCGUGUGAAACGGACUCAGCCGCUGCUGAAGUCGGGCCGGGAGCUGCGGGGCGAGCGCAGCCCAGAGUUUGGUGCCCGGCGGGGGUCUCGCUUUUUAUUUUAUUUUUUGCACGACCCGGAUGAGUUGCUGAGGCAGGGGAGGGGGCUGAUCUCCCCCCCCCCCUCCCGCAAACACCCCCACCCCGCCUCGCCUGGCAAGUCGAUGGGAGCCCUGGACGCAGCCUCCGGAGCCAGCAGCCCCGCGCUCACCAUGCUGAAUGGCACCGACAGCCAAAGUUUUGCCAAGGAGCCGCUGGAUCUGCAGGGGGCCAAGGAGCCGGCCGAGCUGAAGAUGGGCGUCCCGGAGCGGUUCUACUUCCCCGACGCCCCGGCUCCGGAGGGCUGCCCGCUGAGCCUGCCCUACAGCCCCCCACUGGUCCCCGGGGGCUUCCCCGGGAGCGCCCCGGCCACCGGCCGCUUCCUCAGCCCGGCCCUGAACAGCUGCUCCGCCUACCGAGCCCAGCCGCCGCCCGCCGCCGCCCAGCCGGGCAGCCACGGCUUCGCGCUGCCUCCCGGCGAGCUCUACCCGGGCGGCGGCGAGCUCUACCCGAGCCCGGCGGCGGGGGAAGGCUGCUACCCGGGCGCCGUGCAGCACGUGUUCCCCCGGGGCCCGCUCUACCCGGUGCCCGGCUACCAGCUCGCCGGCAAGGUCCAGGUGAUGCUCAACAACUACCCGCUCUGGGCCAAGUUCCACAAGCACCAGACCGAGAUGAUCAUCACCAAGCAGGGCAGGCGGAUGUUCCCGUUUCUCAGCUUCAACCUCUCCGGGCUGGACCCCGUGGCUCACUACAGGGUCUGCGUGGACAUCGUCCUGGUGGAUCAGCACCACUGGAGGUACCAAGGCGGGAAGUGGGUCCAGUGCGGCAAGGCCGAGGGGAACAUGCCAGGUAACCGGCUGUACAUCCACCCCGACUCGCCCAACACCGGGGCCCACUGGAUGCGCCAAGAGGUCUCGUUUGGAAAACUCAAGCUCACCAAUAACAAGGGGGCAUCCAAUAACAUCACACAGAUGAUCGUGCUGCAGUCGCUGCACAAGUACCAACCACGGUUGCACGUGACGGAGGUGAAGGAGGGGGAAGGGGAUGAGGCCUACCCCUCCGGCAACACCCAGACCUUCAUCUUCCCGGAGACGCAGUUCAUCGCCGUCACAGCCUACCAGAACGCCGACAUCACUCAGCUGAAAAUCGACCACAACCCCUUUGCCAAAGGCUUCCGGGACAACUUCGACUCGAUGUACACGACGGCAGAGGGCGACCGCGUGACCCCAUCCCCGCCCGACGCCACCAGCUGCCAGCAGCUCCUGCCCGGCAGCCGCUUCCUGUACGAGCAGUACCCGCUGCCCCAGAGCCGCUACUACAACGGGGAGCCGCUGCAGCACAAGGAUCCCCCCCGCUGGUACUUCACCUCCCAGCAGCCCCCCGCCGCCCCCCUGGAUUACAGCGCCUACGAGGGUAGCUACACCGGGAACAAGUACAUGCCCUUCGGCGUGAAGGCCUUCCCCCUGCCGGCCUCGCCCCACGCCACGCUGCCCUACUACCAGGAGCCCCACCCCUUCGGCUCGCCGCCUGCCGCCUGGCAGCCGCCCGCCAAGCCCAGCCCCGGGGCGCUGGGCUGGUUCCGGCCCGUGCGGGAUAUCAGGCCCCUGCCCGCCGGCGAGGAGAAGGGGAAGGACGCGGAGGGCUGGGCCGAGCCGGCCUCGGUCAAGUCGGUGGACUCCUCGGACUCGGGCCUGUUCGAGGCGGAGUGCAAGCGGCGCCGGGUGUCGCCCUACGCCUCCAGCGCCGAGAGCUCGCCCCCUGCCCGCAACGGGGACCUGUACGACAAGGACGGGGGCGCCGACCCCGGCUACUACGGGUUCUACGGCAACUGAGGGGGGCAGGGAGGGAGCGUUUUCCUGGUGCUGAUGGGCUGGAGCUCCCUUGCCCUCCAAAUCAUAUCAGGUGUCCCCAGGAAAAGGGUGUGAUGGUGGGGGGUGGU